CGAAGAAACGUGUUUCAACUGCAGUUGAUUCAGUCAUUACAAAUCACUACAACAACGAAAAACAAUGUUCACAAAAAAUCCAUUGUAGAGAAUCCUGGUAAGAAAUCGACGAGUGGCAGAAGCUUCAUCUUGUGAGAGAAAAAAGAAGAGACGUCCUUGAGAUUGAGCGAUGUAGAGAGAAAUCUUAGUUAACAUCCAUGUCCUCGUGUGGCAUUACCACAUGUGUAAUUAACAUGUUGGCGGAUCUCGUCGGAAGACCAGUCGUCAGAGCGUCAAUGGCUAAGCGAGUGGCAGGGGUUGGAAAGGAAGGAGAGACAUUCUACGGUGAAGGCCUUGACGGCGAGGGACCAAGCUAGCAGAUCUGGGACUUGAAGAGGAUGAGGCGCUCUAGUGGUGGUCACAGUGAACAGAGGCGGCCCUCAGUCAUGUCUAACCAGAGCUCUCCAGAGCAACAGAGACCGGAACAGAUAUGCAGAAGACAUGACUCUGGUUAGACAAGACUAAUGUAUAUCAAGGAGAAACUUUUCCCCAUCGGAGAAGAGACAGAGAACAAAACAGAGAGGAGAUCCAGAUGAAAGGCCAAAGACACAACAGAUAUGCAGAAGCGAGAUAGGUCCCGAAGCCGGCGAGCCAGCGAGGUCGAGCUCCUUCGGUGUCGGAAAGGGGUGAAAGCAGAGCUGUAUGGGGAUUGACUCGUGUCUGGGAGCAACAGUGGCGGUAGCCUUUGUUCUUUUUUUUUUUCUCGGCUGCCAAUUUUUCAAAUAUAAAAAUUCUGGGGUUUUCCAAAUAACAGGUAUACAAGCGUGAGUUUUGUUACACAAUAGUUCUAACUAAAAUUGAUGAAAAGGUUGUUUCAAAUCCUUUUCCUAGUUUUUUUCUUUUUAGAAUUGUUUGAUUUGAAUAACAGUGGAUUUGAUUUAGUUUUAAUAAAUUGUUAAUUGAAUAACGGUGGAUUACAAGUGAUUUGUGGUGUUUUUAGAUAAAUGUCAUGUUCAAUAACACAUGAAUUGAGGAAAAAAAUUAGAAAUCCUUAGUUGAAUAACAGAUGAUUUUUAAACAAAACCAAAUCACUUUAAAAUUCAUGAUUUAAUACACCCCCAUAUGAAUGUGGUAUUUGGCAAUUUUUCAAUUAUUUAUUAUAACAUUUUAUAUAUCACUUUACCAUUUUAAAACGUUUAAAUUUUUGUUAAUCAGCCAAUUAAUCAAUUUUAAAAUAAUUGGAAAAUCAAUUUUAUUUUAAAUUUUUGAAAACAAUAAUUUUAAUUUUAAAUAGUUGGAGGCUGAUUACGUCAACUAGUCUAAACUUUUUUUUAUCUUUAACAACAUUGUAUUUCAUACGCUUUAGCACAUAUUAUAAACAAACCAAUUUUAUCAAGAUUUAAUUAAAAGUAAUUUAAAAUUAAGUAUAUAAAUGGACAAAUUUAUGGUAAACACAGAUAAACGUUCCAUAUUUUGAAUUUUGAGAAAAACAAUUUAAAAGGUAAAAGUAAGACAGAGCCAGAAGUCUAGCACAUACGAAAUUUCCAUUUAAUUUUGCUUAGUAGCAACAACUUUACAUAAUUUAAAGAGCGUGUAAAAUUUUAGGAUAAAUUAACUUUAGAAACCAUAGUUGAGAAGGUAGUAACCUAACUUAAUUGUCUCUAUAAAAAGAUUACUGGGCAAAGUUAAAGAAAAACCCUAAAUCUUUUUGCUUGAAACAAUGACAAGAAUCUCUGAUCUUUCACAAGAUUUGAUAGAGGAGAUACUCUCUAGGGUUCCGUUAACUUCUCAGCGAGCGGCUAGAUCCACUUGCAAACAAUGGAACGGUUUAUAUAAAGAUGAAUGUUUUACAAAGAAGCACCGUGGUAAAGCAGCUAACGAUACCAUGAUGAUCAGGGUGUGUAAUUCUAGGGCUUGUUUAGUGAGCGUCGAUCUCCAGGGAGUCCGCAAGCAAAAAAAGGGCUUAUUUGCUCUAUCUACAGAGCCAAUAGGUCAACUUAACCAUAUCACGGCAUCUGACGUCUAUCAUUGUGAUGGCUUAUUGCUUUGCCUCCACAAAAAAGGUAUGGUGAAGUCUGAUACCGUGGUAUGGAACCCGUAUUUGGGACAAGCCAGGUGGAUCAAACCCAGCAAAUUUUCCUCAAAGUUCGAUAGGUUUUUGCAUCAUGACAAUUAUGGUACUACUGUUGAGCACGAGAUAUUCAAUUUUAAGUCUGAUUCAUGGAGGGUUCUUCAUCUCACUCCUGACUGGAUCAUACCAUAUAAGGGUCAAGGAGGCUUGUCUUUGAAAGGAAAUACUUACUUUGUUGCUCGGGAAGGGCUGGGAAUGAGAAAAUAUGUAAUCUGUUUUGAUUUUACAAGUGAGAGAUUUAGACAUUGCCUUGAUCUGGAAUCUAACUACCGUAAUGGAGAAACUGUGAUUCUAUCUGCUGUUAGAGAAGAACAGCUUGCAGUGUUAUUUUACCGCGAGGAUACAAAUGCGAUUGAGAUACGGAUUACAAGAAAGAUUGAGGCCAAUGAGGAGUCGUGGAGAACUUUCUUAAAAGUUGAUGUGCAGCCGUUCAUGCUCAGUGGAAUGUUCUCGAUUUCUCCUCCGUGUAGGAGUUUCUUCGUGGACGAGAAAAAGAAAGUGGCAAUUAUUUGUGAUAAUCACUUCAGAAGAGCUUACAUGAUUGGAGAGGAUAAUUACUUCAAAAUAGUUGCUCAAGGAAAAACUACACAAUGGCCGGUUGUGUGCUCUUAUGUUCCGAGUUCGGUGCAGAUUCCGAAAGGUCCAGUACAUGCACGAGGCAAAAGGAAAGUACGGGAUUAUUAGUCAUUGUCUCUGUGUAGUUAACACGACUUAAACAUUGUUUUGCUGAUUUGAAUUGCUAGGUGUUAUUCUUGUCAUCCUAAUCUAGACUCAAGUGAGCCUUCAAGGUGCAACAACCAUUACUAAAUUGAUAGUUUCAUAUGCAUUUUUUUGUUGUUGUUGUUGUUAUCUAGCUCAUGUGGUUGCUUGUACUGGAAGUCAAAACCAAACAUUACUGGGUCAUUGUGGUUGCCUCUAUUGGAAGUUAAAAAAACAGAGCAAGAAUUUGCCGGAUAUGGACAAACAACUUCCCUUCUUUUCUUUUUUUUAUUGGGUCAAAAUUUCCUUUUUGUUUUUGGGC